AACUACCGUAAAACGAGGUGACUUUGAGAUCCGGGGCGACAUUGAUGAUUACUCAAAAUUUAUGGUUUUACUUAUUUUUAUAUUUGGAAUGGAACGUAAUAAUUUUUAUUUUUAUUGUGUUGGCAAGACUGACUCAUCAGCCAUGUUUUCCGAAAACGUCGAGGUGAGAGGAUUGCUAAUCAGAAUGGUUCGGACUUACAAGAAAACUCCGGGUACCCGCAACUACAAAAAUUAUAGUAAUGAGACCCUCGAAGAGGCUCUCGAGAAAAUCACAAACGAUGAGCUUACUAUAAACGCUGCCUCGCUUCAGUAUCACAUCCCAUUCGGUACAUUAUAUAACAAGUACAAAGGUUUACAUGGAAAAUCUGCCGGUGGACAGACAAUUUUCAGUCAUGAAGAGGAGAUUUCGAUUUUACGUGCUGCCGCCUCGUGUUCCGAUUGGGGUUUUCCCCUGACAUUAUUAGAUAUUCGCUUUUUUGCGAAAUCGUACUUAGACAAACGAGGACGAACAGUAGAACGCUUUCAGAAUAAUUUGCCGGGUGUCGAGUGGGCAGCUAGUCUUUUGAAGCGUCAUAAGAACUCUUAUGCACAAAGAGUGACAACCAAUAUUAAAAGAUCUAGAGCAGCAGUAGGACAGGAAACGUUAAAUAGAUAUUUCGAUCACCUUGAACCUGAAGUAAAAGAUAUCCCACCGAGUCACAUUUUUAAUUAUGACGAAACUAACAUGGCUGACGAUCCCGGAAAGAAAAAAUGCUUGUAUAGAAGAGGAGUAAAGUACCCAGAGAAAGUGAUGAAUUAUUCAAAAAGUAGCACAACGGUCAUGUUUUGUGGUUCAGCAGAUGGAACAUUAUUGCCGCCUUACGUCAUUUAUAGAAGUACUCAUUUGUAUGACACGUGGAAGGAGCGCGGUAUCGUAGGCAGUCCGUGCUGUAAUGGAUCUUGCUGUAGCCAAGGAACUCGAUAUAACCGAACUGCUAGUGGCUGGAUUGAUGCUCCGACAUUCAGAGACUGGUUUAUAACAUGUUUUUUGCCACACGCUACCAAAUUGGAUGGACGAAAAAUAUUGAUCGGUGACAAUUUAGCGUCCCAUCUUGAUCAAGAUGUCAUAACUGCUUGUGACACACAUAACAUCGGCUUUGUGUGUCUUGUACCAAAUUCCACGCACUUAUGCCAGCCUUUGGAUGUCGGUUUCUUUCGCCCUCUGAAAGGAGCCUGGAGAAAAACUCUCGAAACCUGGAAAAAAACUCAUCUUCGAGCCACAAGUAUCCCUAAGGAAUCGUUUCCAUCGCUCUUAAGGCAAGCUAUCAUAGAUAUGGAUAAAGUACCACCGAAAAAUGGGAGUGCCGUGACCGAAAAAUCGGCAGUGAAGAGAAAUUUGAUUUCAAGUUUCAAAGCAACGGGAAUUCAUCCAUUUGACCGAGAAAGAGUUUUAAGAAAAAUACCUGACAGUGCUCCUUCCCCUGAAAUAGACACGGUUGUUCGCGAUUCCCUAACAGAGUUUUUGAGAGAGCAGCGCUACGGACAACAGUCAGAGCCGACUAGAAAGAAGAGGAGAGUGAAUGUUGAGCCUGGAAAAAGUAUUUCUACAGCUGAACCAUCGACGUCCUUAGCAAAUCAAAACCAUGAAAAUGUCAAUGAACCUGGUGAGUCCCAUGCUUCAAAUCAAACAUGUGAAUCGAGAGCUAGGUCAGAAUCUCCACCACCAGAAGCUAUAACAACCGAUGACUCUGAGUCUGAAGUUGAACCGCUAAGGCCUAAAAUAGGAAAAUUUAUUUUAGGGAAGUUUGCGUCUAAGAAAGGAAAGAAAACAUAUCACUACGUUUGCUCUAUUGAAGAUAUUUCUGGAGAAAAAAUUGUAGUUCAAGGAUACAAAUCACAAAUGAAAUCAAAGACUGAUUUUCGAGAAGUUCCUAAUGAUAUGUCAAUUAUUGAAGAGUCUGAUAUUAUAACUUACCUUCCAACACCAAAAUUUGAUGGAAAAAUUUACAAGUUUCCGACUGAAGUAAUGAUUAAAGAGUUGUGAAGAAACCUUCUACUAAUUUAAAAAAUGUGGCAUUAUUUCUAUUGCUUAUAUUUUCUAUGUUUUUAUUUUUUUUUAUUUUUUUAAGUCUGUACCACGUACAAAUAAUUCUAAGAAUGAUUGUGUGACCAUGUUGAUAAUUGCGUAGAAAUAUUUAGUUUUGAUAAUUAUGUUACCUACCUACUAGGUACUUUUUGAUCUCUGAUUACCCACCUAUUAUGAUUGUUGAGACUGAUUAUUAUAACAGAAAUUAGUAAAAACUUUAGAAAGUUUGAUAUUAUUAUUAAUAUACUGACUGAUGUUGAUUAGAUAAAAAGUUUAAAAAUUA